CUAGCCUGCCAGACGUUUGAGAGGGUGAAGACUGUUGUGCCGGAGCUGAAGCCCAUCAAAGUUGUUUCACCAUGGCACAUGAUCGGUUUGGUGAAUGGACCAACCAGACCCUCAAGACUGCCAUGGACAAGUCCCUUGAUUGGUACCAGGAAGGGUGGGAGAACAACCUGAAGGUAAUUCUCUUUGCACAACAGCAGCAUCCCGGCCUGCACACGACAGCAGCAUCCCGGCCUGCACACGACAGCAGCAUCCCGGCCUGCACACGACAGCAGCAUCCCGGCCUGCACACGACAGCAGCAUCCGGGCCUGCACACGACAGCAGCAUCCGGGCCUGCACACGACAGCAGCAUCCGGGCCUGCACACGACAGCAGCAUCCGGGCCUGCACACGACAGCAGCAUCCGGGCCUGCACACGACAGCAGCAUCCGGGCCUGCACACGACAGCAGCAUCCGGGCCUGCACACGACAGCAGCAUCCGGGCCUGCACACGACAGCAGCAUCCGGGCCUGCACACGACAGCAGCAUCCGGGCCUGCACACGACAGCAGCAUCCGGGCCUGCACACGACAGCAGCAUCCGGGCCUGCACACGACAGCAGCAUCCGGGCCUGCACACGACAGCAGCAUCCCGGCCUCCACACGACAUCAGCAUCCAGGCCUGCACCUAGUACGGACAGGAGUCGCAGCUGUUGACUAAAGCAAACAAUGCAAUUGUAUAUGUGACGCACACAAAAUGUCUUGUCACAUUUGUGUUUAUGUAUUGUUUCUUUGUAUUGGGGAAGAAUACAUUUACUGGAAUGUCAGUCCUCCAAGGUUUUGCCAUUGCAAUGCAUUUCUACUACUGCUGACAUUCGCUUUGCACUGGGACUAUAUAUUAUGCGACCCUGUCCCUGUGUUCUCAUAAUUGAGAGUACCUUUGAAAGAGAAGCCACUUUUUCCUGUUUCAUCAUUUAUCAUCCGUUACAGGUCAGUAAAGUGCAAAAAUACACUGAAUACCACAUGUAAUGGUUUUGAACAACAUAGUAAUUGUAUAACUUUGUACUAGACAGAAAAAGCAUGUCGAGUGUAAAAUGAAAUGAUGGCGGUGCAUUCCUUUGAUCAAGAAAAAAACAAAUGAUUAACUCCUGAACAUGUUUUAAAAGACACUCCUGACAAUAUCCUAAGUAUUAAGAAAAUGUAAUGUUGUAACUGUGAUGUUUAAGAUCUUUGUAAUUGUUGUACUGUAAAUGUUUGCUUUUGGCUAGCUCCGGGUCAACUACAGUCAACUAACGUUACAUAAUUAUAACCUAAACAGGUCAUUUAAAGUUAAGAGUAAAUGGGGUAUAAAUGUAAAGAAUUCUAGGAUCUGAAUUGGUUUGGAAUUUAAUAUUUUUGAUUUGUGAAUUGAUGUAUUUUUGAUAUGUUUAUGAAAUAAUAUCAGGGAUUUGAGACAAAUUAUUAAAUACACUUUAAAGAAAACAAAAGAAAACAUUUGAAAUACAAUGAAAAGACAGAAAAGGAUGAUUUGUACUUGAGAGAAUGUAUUUGUAAUAUGAAAUAUAACUGCAUUUAUUCCUGUUAUCAAUCAAGGUGAGACUGAACAUCGA